AUGCGUAGGUUCUGCAGCGUCCCGCGCGGCCGGCGGCCGUCGGCCCCCCACGGCGCCGGCCACCCUCCGCCGGAGUGGAUCGAGCCGUACACGGACCUCGCCGACCCGAGCCCGUACACGGCCGCCUCGGCCGCGACGCCCACCCCGUCGCCGUGGCUGCCGCGCGUCGUCUCCCUGGUCCUGCGCGCGCCGCCGGCCACGCUCGCCGCCGACCUGCGCGCCUUCUGCCGCACCUUCCUCCUGCGCCUCUCCCCGGCCUUCGUCGCCGCCGCGCUGCGCUCCCCGCAGCUGCUCCCGCACCCGCUCCCGUCGCUCCGCUUCUUCCGCGCCCUGCCCGGCGGCGCCGACGACCUCGCCGCCCACCCGCAGCACCUCCUCGGCUGCUACGUCUCGCUGCUCCACUCCUUCGCGCGCGCCAGGGAGGCCACCCCAGACGCCGCCGGCCACGCGCGGCGGCUCGUCGCCGAGCUGCGCGCCCGCGGGGACGGGGACGGCCUGCUGGGGCACCUCACGCCGCCGUCGGCCGCGUCGCUCGUCCGCAGCCUCGCGGCCCUCGGCCUCGCCGACGAGCUGCUGUGGGCGUGGAACGGCAUGCGCCUCGCCGGCUUCGAGCCCUCCAGGGUCACCUACAACUGCCUCCUCGACGGCCUCGUCAACGCGGGCCUCCUUGACACCGCCGUCAACGUGUUCGACGCAAUGUCCACGGAAGACCCGGUUCGCCCUGACGUGGUCUCCUACAACAUUCUCAUCAAGGGGUACUGCGGCGCCGGGAGGGUGCAGGAUGCGAUGGCACGGCUCGAUCACAUGAGGGAUCAGGCGGAGCUCUCCCCCGACAAGAUAACGUACCUCACGCUGAUGCAGUGCCAUUACAGCGAGGGCACGUUUUCACAGUGUGUAGCGUUGUUCCAAGAGAUGGAAGAGAGGGGAAUGGGGAAGGACAUUCCGCAGCAUGCGUAUGUGCUGGUGAUCGGCGCGCUCUGCAAGGACGGGAAGCCGUUUGAGGGAAUGGCCGUGUUUGAGAGAAUGCUCAAGCGUGGUUGCCCAGCCAAAGCAGCAAUGUACACUUCGCUCAUCGAUUCAAUGGGCAAAUUUGGGAGGGAGACCGAGGCAAUGUCACUCUUUGAGAGGAUGAAGAGUAGCGGGCUUGAGCUCGACGCCGUCACGUAUGGAGUGAUUGUUAACUGCUUGUGCCGGUUCGGGAGGCUGGAUGAGGCCAUUUCAUGUUUCAGGAGCUGUGAGGAGAAAGAUAUUGCAGUGAACCCUAUCUUCUAUACAAGCCUGAUUGAUGGCUUUGGGAAAGCUGGAAUGGUCGACCAAGCACAGGAGCUCUUCAAGGAGAUGAAAGUUAAAGGUUUUGUGCCGGACUCAUAUUGCUACAACGUGCUGAUUGAUGGGUUAGCUAAAGCAGGAAGGACGGAUGAUGCUUGUGCCUUGUACAAGAGAAUGGAAGAUGAUGGCUGCGAUCAGACUGUUUACACGUAUACCAUACUGAUCGAUGGUUUGUUCAAGGAACACAAGAAUGAGGAGGCGCUGAAGUUGUGGGAUGCGAUGAUCGACAAGGGGAUCACUCCCACAGCUGCAGCUUUCAGGGCCCUUGCCAACGGGCUAUGUCUUUCUGGCAAAUACAGCCGAGCAUGCAGGAUAUUGGAUGAACUGGCUCCAAUGGGUGUGAUUCCUGAGACGGCACACGAGGACAUGAUCAAUGCUCUGUGCAGGGCCGGGAGAUUCAAGCAGGCCUGCAAAUUGGCAGAUGGCAUCGUGGGAAAGGGCCGUGAGAUACCUGGCAGGGUUCGAACAAUGAUGAUCAACGCACUCAGGAAAGCGGGGAAUACUGAUCUAGCUGUCAAGCUGGUGCAUAGUAAGAUAGGCAUUGGGUAUGAAAGAUCUGGCAGCAUCAAGAGAAGAGUAAAGUUUCAGACGCUGUUUGCCUGA